GGGAAGCGACCGACAGCGAUCCAAGCGGACCUGAAGCGUUGCAAGUUGCUAGUAUAUGGCAUUGCUGGAUAGCUGCACUGAGAAUGAUUCAAGGCGGCUAGAUUCGCUUCCCCCCUCUAUAGUAGUUUUAGCCGAGUCUCCCCCAUGUAUUCAGAGCCACCUACUAUAGAGAAGACGGCCGCCCAUGAGCGGAGUCAAUUCGCUAUAUACAGUGGUGGAUUUUUCCGCGUCCAGGUCCCGUGGCCGCGGUCGUACUGUAAUUCAACUUCAUGUCCGCGAUCUCAGAAUUGUUGCGAAGUCUCUCCGAACUUGAAGGAUUUCGGGAGUAAUAAUGAAUGUCUCUUGACACUUGAAGUUAGAAUGGGAAGCAUGUCAUGACGACGACGCGCAGUAGUAUCCCGCAAGGACGGACUGCUGCGCAAUGAUUCUGUUGCAUAGCCCCAGCAAGCCGUAAGUGGUACAAAACGGAGAUCGUAGUAGCAGG